AUGUCGAGGUUGCUCGCUGUUCCACGCGUUGUACUCCGACCGAAAUAUCUACAUCAGAAGGGCUUCGCGCCAGCGUUAACAUCCUUCUCAUGGCAACCCGAACGUUCUCUGCAUGCAUUUCGGCGAGCUGCUCCGCCGGAACGGUGCCAUACAUGCCAACGGACUCUACGUAUUCCGGAACCUCAGAGGACUCGACUUCUAUCGUCGGCGCCAUCGACGAGCAAGAUAUUUUCCGACCCGGACCGUUCUGACCUCUUUUAUCACCUCAUACAACCGCCAAACCCCGUCUCAUCCUCGAACCCAGUAUAUGCGGUGUCCUUCAUCUCGACGGAGCUCUCACUUCUAGAUUCGAAGGCCGUGAUGGGAUGGGUACCAGCUGGGAUCGAAGGCGAGGUUAGCUUGAUUGGCUUCCAGGAGAAUGCCAGCUUCAAGGAAAUUCUGCACGAGGCUAUUCGGAAGGGUCUCCAAGAAGGUGUUGACGAUAUCCAAAUCAACGGUGCCCUCCAGACACAUUCCGGGUGGAUGCAUGUCCAUGACGACCGGAACAUCCCCGCUCUUGGUAGGAUAGGUGAUCCCGACGACAUUAUCGCGUCAGUAUUGGUUGAAGACGGUAAAAUUCUCGCGGAGACAUACCAGCCCAUGCCCGCGUAUCGGUUAUACACUGCUGAUGGGAUAACUCGAUUAACCCCCGGACUCGACAAGAAGCUGCGAGAAGUCUUGAUGGAGGCGACAAGGCAGCAUUGA